CGUUUUUCUCACAACUAUGAUUAUCAUUAUCUGGGAUUCAACAACGAUGCGGAAGAAAGAAUUCACAGCUUGGCCAGGGAAAUGGGCCCGCAACCCAGAUUCACCUUGAACAAGGAAAGCUCUGCAAGCAGCAGUGCUGAGACCCUAACCGGCGAAGAAUACGAUGCUUCCGUCGUUGGCCAUAUUCCGGGCCAGCGUGCAGUAUUCGACUCCAUAGAUCCAACCUUGGAUCCAGACUCGGCCAUGUUCAGCUCUCGUAGGUGGAUCCAGAAUAUGAGAAGACUCAUCGAUUCCGACUACGACUACUACAAGCCCUCUAGUUUAGGUGUAGCUUUCAAAAACCUAAGAGUGUACGGAAAUUUAGCAGAGUAUGACUACCAAACGACGCUCUCCAAUGCCUUGCGUAAGUCCGUAUCUGGCAUGUUGCAGUCUGUGCGCAAAGAGAACCCUGAUAAUUUAUUUGACAUUCUUAAGCCCAUGGAUGGCCUUAUCAAGCCUGGUGAAGUCACAGUAGUGUUGGGAAGGCCCGGCGCUGGUUGUUCGACUUUCUUGAAAACCAUUUCCCAACAUACAUAUGGUUUCAAUGUAGCAAAGGAAUCAGUGCUUUCUUACGAUGGUCUUACUCCCAAGGAAAUCAAGAAUAACUUGAGAGGUGAAGUCGUCUAUUGCGCAGAGACUGAGACACACUUCCCACAUCUUACUGUAGGUGAAACGUUAGAUUUCGCAGCCCUAUUAAAGACUCCGAGAAACAGACCCCAGGGUGUAUCUCGUGAAGCCUACGCAAGACACAUGUCCGAUGUGGUUAUGGCCACGUAUGGACUUUCGCAUACCAGAAAUACCAAAGUUGGUAACGACUUCAUUCGUGGAGUCUCUGGAGGUGAACGUAAAAGAGUUUCGAUUGCAGAAGUGGCUUUGGUUAAUGCCCGUCUUCACUGUUGGGACAAUUCCACCAGAGGAUUGGAUUCUGCCACUGCUCUUGAGUUCAUUACCUCGUUGAAGACCUCAGCCAUGAUCAUGAACGAAACUCCUCUUAUCGCCAUCUACCAAUGUCCACAAGACGCAUUCAAUUUAUUUGACAAAGUCCUUCUCUUGUACGAAGGUUACCAGAUCUACUUUGGGCCAAGUCAGGCAGCUAAGAAGUACUUUUUGAAAAUGGGCUUUGAGUGUCCCCAGAGACAAACCACCCCGGAUUUCUUAACCUCCAUCACCAAUCCCAACGAAAGAAUCAUCAGAGCCGGAUACGAAAAAGUUGUUCCUCGUACCCCAGAAGAGUUCUACGACUUCUGGCAAAGUUCUCCAGAAAGGGCCCAAUUAAUCCUUGACAUCGACACCUAUUUGGUUAAGACGCAAAAGAAAAAGGACGCUAAACACAGACUUUUGGACUCUCACCACGCCAAACAGGCUAGCAGAGCCAGCAAGAAAUCGCCCUACACCAGUUCGUUCUCAAUGCAAGUCAAGUAUAUCAUGCUCAGAAACUGGAAAAGAACCUUGGGAGAUCCUUCGCUCACGAUUGUCACCUUCUUUGGGAAUACGGUAAUGGGUCUCAUUAUCGGUUCAGUAUUCUUCCAAUUGCACAAUGAUACCAGUUCGUUUUACCUUAGAGGUUCGGUCAUGUUCUUUGCUGUUAUGUUCAAUGCCUACGCUUCUAUCUUGGAAGUGUUUUCUCUCUACGAAGCCAGACCCAUCGUGGAAAAGCACAAGAAUUAUGCCCUUUACAGACCUUCAGCUGACGCGCUUGCAUCUAUCAUUACAGAAAUGCCCAUCAAGAUAUUGACGUGUGUUAGUUUCAACACGAUUCUCUAUUAUAUGGUCAACUUCAGAAGAAAUGCCGGCCACUUCUUUUUCUAUCUCUUGAUGAGUUUCCUUGCUACCUUGUCGAUGUCCCAUAUCUUCAGAACGUUCGGAGCUGCAACUAAAUCGAUCUCGCAAGCUAUGACUCCGGCGGCCAUCUUAUUAUUUGGAUUGACUACCUUCACAGGAUUCGUUAUUCCAACCCCAUAUAUGCAUGCCUGGUGCCGUUGGAUGAGUUGGAUCAAUCCUUUGGCUUAUGUGUUUGAUGCUCUUAUCUCUAACGAAUUCCACAAUCGUGAUUUCCCUUGUUCUGAUUUUGUUCCGGCUGGUCCGGGAUAUCCAACCACAGGCGAUUCAGUCACUUGUGCUUCUGUUGGAGCCGUUAGAGGUUCUAACGUAGUCAAUGGCGACAAAUUUAUUGCCCUUUCAUACCGGUACUUCUGGGUCCACAGAUGGAGAAAUUUUGGUAUCUUGAUUGCUUUUGUGAUUUUCUUCUUGCUCACCUAUAUCUUUAUAGUUGAAAGAAGCAAGGCAGCUGUGCAAAAGGGAGAAAUCCUUGUUUUCCAGAGAAAGACGAGAGAAAGACUCCGCAGACUCAGAAGAAAAAGAGAUAUUGAAACUGGAAGCUUGGAGAAAUUGAAAAGCACCGAAUUGGAUGACGACAGAAGGUCUUCUAAAGAUAGUUUCAUGGAAACAAAACUUCUUGAAACUGCUGACAUCUUCCAUUGGAGAAACUUGACUUAUACCCUCAAUAUAAAGGGAGAAGAGAGAACAAUUCUUAAUAAUGUUGAUGGCUGGGUUAAACCGGGCCAAGUCACAGCUUUAAUGGGUGCUUCCGGUGCUGGUAAGACUACUUUAUUAAACGCACUCAGUGACAGAUUGACUACUGGAGUGGUUACUUCAGGCAUUCGUAUGGUCAACGGUGGUCCCUUGGAAAGUUCAUUCCAAAGAGAUAUUGGAUAUGUUCAACAACAAGAUUUACAUUUGCAAACGUCGACUGUAAGAGAAGCGCUCAGAUUUUCAGCCUACUUGAGACAGCCAUCCUCCGUCUCCAAGCAAGAAAAGAAUGACUAUGUUGAAAAUGUCAUCCACUUAAUGGAAAUGGAAAAGUAUGCAGAUGCCGUUGUUGGUAUUACUGGCGAAGGUUUGAACAUUGAACAGAGAAAGAGAUUAACCAUUGCCGUGGAAUUGGUGGCCAAACCAAAGUUGUUGCUCUUUUUGGAUGAACCAACUUCAGGUUUAGACUCCCAGACUGCAUGGUCCAUUUGUCGAUUGAUCAGAAAGUUGGCCGAUCAUGGACAAGCUAUAUUGUGUACUAUCCAUCAGCCUUCUGCUAUCUUGUUGCAACAGUUUGAUAGACUUUUGUUUUUGAAGGAAGGAGGUCAAACAGUUUACUUUGGAGACUUUGGUAAGAAUUGUUCCAGCUUAAUCAGUUACUUUGAGAGCCAUGGAGCACCUAAAUGUCCUAGAAGUGCAAAUCCUGCCGAAUGGAUGUUGCAGAUUAUUGGCGCUGCUCCGGGUUCGUUUGCAAAUCAAGAUUACCAUCGUAUUUGGUUAAGUUCAAGUGAAUACCGUAAGGUCCAGAGAGAAUUGACUGAAAUGGAAAAUGAAUUGGGCAACAAGCCCAGAAUCGAAGAUGCUGAUAGAAACAAGACGUAUGCAUGUUCCAUCUUUACCCAAUACUUUAUCGUUUGCAGGAGAAUCUUCGAACAAUACUGGCGUACUCCUUCGUACAUCUACGCAAAGUUGGGUAUUGCCGUGAUUGCUUCUCUCUACAAUGGAUUUACUUUCUUCAGGUCCAACAACUCCCUUCAAGGUUUACAGAAUCAGAUGCUUUCGGUUUUCCAAAUGUUCCUCAUCAUGACUACCAUGGUCCAACAGUAUCUUCCAUUAUUUAUUUCGCAAAGAGAAUUGUAUGAAGCCAGGGAAAGACCAUCCAAAACCUUCUCAUGGGUUGCCUUCAUUUUAGCUCAAAUCACAGUUGAGCUUCCAUUUCAAAUCUUUGCUGGUACUUUAGCAUUCUUGUGUUGGUACUAUCCUGUGGGGAUGUACAACAACGCCGUUCCAACAGGACAAGUGGCACAAAGAGGUGCUCUUAUGUGGUGCCUAAUGACACUUAUGUUUGUCUACAGUUCGACAUUGGGCCAACUUUGCAUUUCUUUCAACGAAGUUAAGGAAAAUGCGGCCAACCUAGUUUCCUUAUGUGUCACUAUGAGUAUGACAUUCUGUGGUAUAUUGGCUAGCAAGAAUGUCAUGCCUAGAUUCUGGAUUUUCAUGUACAGAUGUAAUCCAUUCACAUACUUGGUUUCGGCAGUUCUUUCAGUUGGACUUUCUGAUUCCAAGAUCAAUUGUGCUCCCAACGAAUUUUUGCAGUUCUCUGCUUUAGGGAACCAAACCUGUGGACAAUACAUGGCCCUAUUCCAAUCCUUUGUCGGUGGUACCCUUUUGGACCCUGAGGCUACAGAAUGCAAAUUCUGUUUACUCAAGAACACCAAUGACUAUUUGGAUACAGUGGGAAUUAAAUAUUCUACCGUUGGCCGUGACAUCGGAAUCUUUGUUUCAUUCAUUGGUUUCAACAUUAUCGGCACUAUCUUCCUUUACUGGUUGGCCAGAGUUCCAAAAGGAAAUAGACAACAAGCAUACCCUAGCAUUUUAACUAAGGCUUUCGGUUUCUUGUCAUUCUUCAACAUGGCAAAUCACUGAUUUCCUUUCUAACAUACGAAAAGUCUAUGUCUGUAUAGAUAUAUUUAUUGUAAUUUACGAAUACCUU